GCGGCGGAUGCUCAUGAGGGGGAGUGUAAUUAUUCGGCGCCAUGGUUCACCACUCGGCCUCGCUGCUGCUGCUGAUCAGCCUGGCAGGUUUUUCUGUGAGUGAAGCUGAGGAUCUUGGAGCCACAGGGGACUCCCCGUUCGGGCCGUCCUCCGUGGAGAUCACCGGGGUGGAUGUGGUCACGGUGGGGAUCCCCUACGGCUUCGAGUGCUGGGCCAACUGCUACCCAGGCUGCCGCUUCACCUGGACCCGGGGCAACGUCACCUCCGAGGGCCAGGAGCUCAACCUGCAGCUGCGGCGCCUGGAGCCCACGGUGACCGUCACCUGCACGGCGCUCAACCCUGAGUCGGGGAGGUCGCUCACCGUCCAGAAGCGGCUGCAGGUGACAGAGGGCCCGUCCAACAUCCAGAUCAGCGGCCCCCCCAUGCUCACGUACGGCGCCGCGUCCAACUUCACCUGCUCAGCCGACUGCUACCCCUCCUGCACCUACUCGUGGACCGUGCUCCUGCAGAACGAGGCCUACAGCGCGGCCCAGGGGGCGAGGAUUUCCGUAUCACCGCCUGCCAGCACGGUCUUCUCCGAAACGCUGCUCUGCAAGGCAGAGGACACCGUCUCCCAGCUCUUCAUCUCCACAACUCUCAGUCUUUGGGUGGCAAGCCAGUCUGACAUCAGCAUCCAAGGGGCAAACACGGUGACGAUGGGGAAACAGUACACGUUCGUGUGCCUGGCGGAGUGCAUCCCGUCCUGCAGCUUCGUGUGGAAGUACAUGGGGACCACUUAUCAAGGGGACCAGGUACAGCUACCCAUCAUGCACCAAGGGCAGAAGCCAAAGUUCGCCAGCCACAUGGACAUCGUCGUCAGCGACUACUCGAAGACGGAGCUUCUGACCUGCGAGGCCACAAACACUGUGUCUCACGUCACUAUCAGCGCCGCCACCAACCUUACCGUCAUCGACCCCUUCUCGGUGCGUCCCACGUCCCAGGCCGUCCCGAUGGCGGGCGAAGCCUUCUCUCUGGAGUGCGUUGGCUCUCAAAACCCUGUCUCCAUUACGUGGCUCAGGGACAAGGAUCCGGUGGCCACGUCCCAACGAGUGGCGUUCGCCCCGGACAACGUCACCGUGACCUUCAGCCCUCUGCUGCCGUCGGACGACGGCUCCUACCGGUGCGUGGUGGCAGAGGGAGGGGCCCCGGUCCAGUCCGUCCCCUACAUGUUGAACGUGAACUACGGACCAUCCUCCAUAGUGAUCAGUGGCUUCACCGUAGUGACUGCUGGAACACUGUAUCACUUCCAGUGCUCGGCCAGCUGUUACCCCACGUGUCAGUUCACCUGGACGUGGGGCAGCGCCACCUCCCAGGGUCCAGAGCUGAGCCUGCGGCUCGGAGAACAGCAGGCGACCCAGAACCUGACCUGCACGGCCGUCAACCCCACCACGGGGGCGUCGGCCGCCGCCCUGAAGACGCUGCGGGUGACGGCUGGACCGUCGAAUGUCCACAUCAGCGGCCCGGCCUAUCUCACCGCGGGGGUGGCAUCGGAGUUCAGCUGCUCCGCCGACUGCUACCCCUCCUGCAGCUACACCUGGGCCGUGAUGUCGGGAAACGGGACGCUGAGCAUCGCACAAGGCGACACCGUUCAAGUCCUACCCGCCGGCGCUGUCGACUCUGAGACGCUCGUCUGCAACGCCCAGGACGUCGUGUCACAUGCCAACAUGUCCGCAACUCUAUCACUGACAGUGGCGAGAUUAUCAGACAUCACCAUCGCUGGUACAAGCACUGUGGCCAUAGGAAAAGUGUACACGUACAUAUGCUCAGCUGUGUGCGUGCCUUCCUGCACCUUUGCAUGGGAGUACAUGGGGAAAACCUUUCAAGGAGACCAGAUCCAGAUACCCAUUCUGCCUGAUGGAAGCUACCCAGACUAUUACCAAACCGAAGCCCUGACAUGUCAGGCCACCAACACACUGACCCAGGCCACCAUCGCCGCCACCAAGAACCUCACCAUAACUGAGGGACCAGCGAACGUGGUCAUCUCGGGGCCAGAUUCCCUUGAAAUCGGGGUCACAGCGAGCUUCACGUGCUCCGCCGAGUGCAUCCCCCCCUGCAGCUUCACGUGGACCCUGUACGGGAGGACCGUGACGGGCAGCUCUGUCGACAUCACCGUCAACAACCACGUGUCCCGGGAGUCCAUCAGCUGCCGGGCCGAGAACCCGGUCAGCGGCGCGACAGGGACGGCCAACGAGACGCUCGGUGUGUCAGACCCUCGCUGGUGUGGAUGUUGAGACACAGCGGCCCUGCUCUGCCAGCGCUCUGUACACAGACACUCUGUUACCCUGUCGGUAAUGACGCUUGUGCACAUGCCUUUAUUUACUCGAGCCCUGCACGUUGUCAGCUGUGACACAUUUGCACAACCUGACCAGGAUGUUUUCCCUGCCUGGUUCCAAUCUCUAAGAGACCUCAAAGCAGAGAUUAGACAGGUACACAGCAUCUGCAUGAGUAAUGUGUCGCCGGGUUUUGUGUACACGAGGCUAAUCUAAUUUUCUUGAAUGGUGUGUUCUGAUUGGUCUCAUAAUAGGGCCCCUAUUAUGAGUAUACUUAACAAAAGUACUGUAAUUCUGCUGAUUACCCAGAUCUAAUUCAUCAUCUCUGAGACACAGAUGGCAAGUUUGAAAUCUAAAUGAAUGCAGGACACUUGUAAAAUAAUCUGAUUCCUUUGUUGUUGUUGUUUUUUCACAUUUUUGGUUCAGGUUUAAGAAUAUUUAUCUAUAUAUCACACAGUAUGUACAUAAUAAAUAUAU